GAACCUUUUUUUCCUAAAAGUUGGAUAAACUAUUUAUGAAGUAUGAGUAUGUCUGUUAUUCAGGGAUUUUUUUUUUUAAAAUGUUGAUUGGUUGUGUCCUGAACUGCUGUGCAGUCAGAUGCUUUGUGGGCUCUUUCAGUUUAAGUUUAAGAUUUGCUUGGACAGCAUAUCAUCUCGGAGUUGACUGAAUGUGGUGGAUUUCGAAGGACUGCAAUAGCAAAACCAUGGAAAUAAAGAAUCCCGAGUAUUAUUUACCUCGGGCAGCUAGUUUGCUUUGGCGAGACGUAGAUGAAGACAUGGGUGGUAGGUAACUCGAUACCGUGGCGCACGCCGAAGGUUAAAUGAACCGGAGACACGUUACACACACAGGAGAGGAUGAUGGGUUACCCAGACCUCCACGAUAAAAUUUCUUUGUGCCUCUCAAGAAAAGCUUCGAAUAGUUUAGCUUACCACACAUGCAACGCAAGCAUGCAGCCUGAGCCAAGCACCUACAUAACUAGGGAGCUCCCCCGACCAGAUUGAUCAGUACCAUCGCCGGCAAGCUAAGAAACCACACGCACUGAAGCUAGGCACCGUUUGAUUCCGGCGGGAAGCAAAGCACGUAGUACGCGAGACAUGGCGAGCAAGCAAAGAUCGUCGCCGGCCAAAGCCGCAGCAGCAGAUUGUGAUCCGGUGUACGAGUGGGUCAUCGGCGACGGCAGCUAUCUUCUCCGCCUCACCCUCCCUGGGUUCAAGAAAGAGGAUUUCCGGGUGCACGUCGACCCCAGCGGCCGGCUGACCAUCAUCGUCGGCCACCGCCCCGUUGAUGGGGUAGCCGGAACCGUGCGGCUGCACAAGGUGUUCCAGCUGCCACACAUGUCCGACCUCGACGGGAUCACCGGCCGGUACGACGGCAGCGCUCUCAUGCUCACCGUGCCCAAGCUACCAUCCAGCGCGGUACCACCACCGGAGACGCCCAUGGAGCAGGUCAAAGAGGCCGCGGCCGAUGUCGGCGACAAGCCAACGGAUAAAAAAUGCAGGGUUGGACGGGAGGCGGAGCGGCUGAUCGAGGCGGGGAGGGCGAGGUUGCAGGGGAGGCAGAAGGAGACGGCGGCGACGAAGGAGCAAACUGCUCCGAGUAGCAAGAAGUCGCCUGCCACGAAAGUGGACGGAAGGAAAGAGGAGCCCAAACCGGAGGCGACGGCGAAGCCAGCCGAGAAGGUUGUGAAACAAGAAGAUGAUCACGCCGAGAAGGCCAAGGCCGCUGAACACAAGGCGAAGCUCGAGCGUGAGGCGGAGCAGAGGAUCGAGGCGGCCAGGGCGAGGCUGCAGUAUGCCGCGGAGAGAGAGGCGGAGAGGGAGAGGGAGCAGAAUGGCUGCUGGAAUUGGAAGGAGCGGGCGACGGAGGAGGGCCUCAAGUGGGCGGAGACCAUCGGGAAUAACAAGGAGGUGAUCGCCACCGCUGUGGCCGCCUUCACGUUAGGCUUCUUCGUCUCCCACAGGAUCUUCUCCAGGAGCUGAAUAAUCAUCUCACAUGAAUGCCAGUACAGCUUACGCUCGUGCCGCCGUGCGUGCGUUCAUGCAAUGAUGCACACAUGGACGUAGUACAUAGAUGGCGGGAUACAUUAAAGCUUCAACUGUGUAUUCGUGUAUAUACAUACAACGUGUGGUAUUUGGUAUUACCUGCUGACACAACAAAGUGUCACACUGUCACUCUCACGACCUGCUACCUGCCUGAAGUUCUGAAGGUGAACGGAUGAUCCCCAACGACAGAGGGAGGCCCAAUUGGCAAGCGCAGCAUAUGAAUGAUAAGGGAGUGGAGUGCGUGUAAGUAAGGGAUCCUUAUGUGAUUGUAAUAUGAACCCGGUGGUGCUAAUUCUCCUCUUCCUUUUCCCCGCAAGGGUACGGGUAAAACCAUCUCAUACCCGUACCCAUCACU